AUGGAAGAAAGAUUCAAGAUAGRAUCAUUUAUCACAAAUAUCAGUAGAUGUAACUCCACCAUCACCACCAACUGCACCAGAAAGUUCGUCUUUGCGCCUGUCAGUAACAACGUCAAACUCAUGAUGUUCACCGCCAUGUUGUCUUUUGGAUUGUAUGGGCYGACUGCAAACUCCCUGAUACUCUACUUCAAGCACAAACAACACAGAAGUACAAGUAAUACAUUACAAAGACCAUGUAGACGAAACUUGACUGAAUACUUUAUUCAAAGUCUUUGUCUUUCCGAUAUCCUUUGCUCUCUUAUAAGUCUCCCUCUCUAUUCGACGGAAAUGUUCGUUAGCUUCGUUACGAGAGACUGGAUUUGCAGAUUUUCUCGUUUCUUUAUCACUAUUUUCCCUGUAGUYACGAUUCUGAAUCUCUUAGUUAUCGGCGUAGAAAGAUAUAUUGUUAUUUUUCAUCCAUUUUUUUCUCUACGGCGAAAAUCGGCUAAGAAGAUGGUUGUGGGAUCUUGGGUCUUGGGAGCUUUGAUAACUCUUAUGUCAGUAGUUUUUGUUAGGCUUGUGAAACAUGACAUUGGGGAAAACCUCUAUACUUUAGUUUGUAAAUACGAUAAGUCAGUGCUGUUAUAUCGAGCCUUUUUCACCGGUUUUAUCUUUAUUUCAUACAUCGCACCGAGUUUUAUUUUGACUUUCAUCAACCUUCGUAUUUUAAAGCGGCAACGAAACGUCAAACGUGUUGACGCUUCUCAAACGACUCAGAGGGCUGUGGCUAAGCUAAAAGUAACGCGGAUGUUCGUCUCCCUGAUAUUUGCUUUUAUCAUUCCYUACRYGRUCUUCGUUGCGUAUUCAAGUUUUCGAACGGCUGCCAAAUCUGGUCYAUCUUUCUCUGACGACUACAUAGUUCGUCAUAUGAGUGUUUGUWUGGCUUAUGCCAACGGUUCAGUAAGCGCUAGCCUGUUGAUAUAUUAUGAAAAGUUAUAUCUAGAUUUUUUGUCGUGUUUUCGAUCAAGACACACUAGAAAUGAUCAGUUGAAUGCAGAGUUGAAUGCAAUUAAUCGAAGACAAGUUCCUGUUGAAUUAACCGACUCCAAAAAGAACACCACGAGUUCAACAACUUAG